AUGGUCAAGGCCAAAACAGAUCCGGGCGCACCAGAGGCGGUGCUCCAGCUUCUGGCACGCAUCGAAAGUGUCAAGCUGGUCCCGGAAGGUAGCGCUGGCUCGAGCAGCAGCAACGAGAUCACUCCACUCCACGUCGAAAAGCCUCUCUCGUUGCUCCAGCAAUGCCUCGACCUCACCUUGGAGUCGCCCGACGAGCUCUCACCGUCGUUCAAAUAUGGUCUCGAUGCUCUCCGACUCUGGGCAAGCCACGUGGCUAGCUUGCUGUCCCAACCAACAGCCGCGGCCAGCUUCGAUGUUGAGGCCAAGCAGCAGCUCCUACCCGCACAGCACCAGCUCAGCCUCGCCGAUGUCAUCUGGUCCGCCUGCCAUUCCGAACGCACACAGGUGUCGUCCAGAUCUAAAGCCGUCUUCGAGGCUCUCAUUACAUUGCUCGAUUCUAUUCAUCAGUCCCCUCGCACUCAGCUCGAACGCAUCCCCAAAUCGUACCUGCCAUAUCCACGCCAGAGCUCCUUCCUCCGCACGCUCAUCGAACGCUCCUUGUUACAACUCGAACGCAAGCAGUCGCCCAUCGUGCUCGAAGUCAUCAUGGCAAAGUAUGGCUCAGCACCCUUCCUGACAGCCUCUCCGGGGGGAUCCACACUCGUCGACGCGGACAUCUACGAGCGAAUGAUCCGUGGUCUGGGCACUGUCGACGGCGGAGCAAACAGAAGGUCCAGGUUAGCCUUGAGCUUUUUGGCAGCACGAGCUGAGGGUUUGCACUGUCAGCUUCGCUCUUCCUCCAAAGCUGAAACAGCACCCGGCAGCGAAGGGCAGUCUUGGAAAACAUGGGUCAGCAUCUGGAACCACGCUCUCACGUUGGCGCUCAAGGAGGGAGGCGAACGACUUAGAUCCGGCCUUGCAUCCUAUCAUCUCGCCGCUCUUUUCGACCUCGAUGAGCGCGUCUUUCCAACGCUCCUCGAUAGCCUCAUCUCGAGCGAUACGCCGCAGGAAGAGAUCAAAGUCGAGAGCGUCUUUUUGGUCCUCCGCAUCGCAAAGGUCCAGGGCCUCUGUCGCAUCGACACGGCUCGAGACUUUGCCACUGCAGAACCAUCCGAAGGUCAGCCUCGUCAGGUUAUUGUUCCUGCCGUUUUGCUCAAGGACUGCAUUCUCGCUGCAGCAAGCGAGCUCCAAAUUUCUGCACUUUCCUUGGUGAUCGAGUCCAAGACACCUGCCGCUCCGCUCACCUCGGCUGAGUUCGACAUCCUCCGUACCUUCUUCCCUUACAGCUUGACCAUCACCAGCCCAGCGGCCAGAGGCGAGCUGCGCGGUUUCUUUGUCAAGCUACUCACGCGUCUGCGCGCCAGCACCUACGCUCUUGCUCGAGACAUGGCCAAAAUCACUCGCAUCGACGAAGCAGAACGAUACCCACAGGAGAAAGUGAAGCUCGCGGCUAUGCAGUCAUCGCUAGAUGCCAGUCGUCUCUUCUUGGAAUGGAUGGUGCAGCUCAUCCGCGCCACGCUUCAUGCAGGAGGCUCGUACCAAGCCAGCAUCACCUCGCUCACCUUCUUGGACCUCAUCCUUGAGAGUGGCGUCGACCCCAGGUACUCCAACGCUGGACAGCAGAAAGGCGGCGACCAGGCGCUCACCAAGAAUGCAGGUCUGUCGCUCAACAAGUCGAAGCAGGUGUUCCUGCAAGAAUUUCCUUUCCAGAUCGACCUCAUUACGCCUUCGCUCGUCAAGCUGCUCCUCUCCUGCUCCGAAAUUUCAUACGACGAUAUCCAGACUCGAGCGCUCAGCAUACUCGCACGCUUCCCUGCUCCAUUGGCGGGCCUUGAGACGAUCGAUGCAGCAGCCGAGCGCAUCCUCGGCCGCGCCGCAGAGCUCCUCACCAGCACGAGGGAUUUUGAGUCCGCUGCGGCCUCCAAGUUGAUUCAACUGUACCGACAGGUAUACAUGCAGCAGCUCGGGCAUCGACCUGCCCCGCUCCUGACUUUUGUCGGUGUGGCCCACGAAACCUCGACACCAGCUUGCAGAGAUGCAACGUUACCGCUUAUCUUUGACCUGUUUGAUUUCCUCGACCACCAGAUUCGAGUUGCCGAACAAGCAAAAGUCCUCGAGGCCGCAAACUCGCAUCCUCUGCACGGAACCCUCGUGACGCUGCAGGAGCUGUUCUCUUCCCUCUCAGUGCACUCGCUUGCGCCGUCUGAUCGUUUGACGUAUCGGGACGCUGUGCACAAAGCACAGGCUCUCAUCGAUAGAGUGUGGCAAGUCACCAAGGCAGUGCUGUGCAAUUCGGCGCCCGAAGGCAGCACCGAGGCCGAAGGCACCAAGAGCGACUCGAAGGACGCAAACAUCGGGCUUGAUCAGCCCGCCUCCCAUGAGACUGCGCUUGCCAUGCAAGUAGCCGACGACGACUCCAAAGCGGCCUUCAUGCAGCCCCAAGAGGAAUCCAAUGCCGGUCCUAAGCACCAAGUCAUCCUGUCAUACUCAUGGAGAGGCAUGAAGGAGGCCAGUGCUCUGUUGGGUGUUCUUGUCGCAGUCACGCUCGCAUCGCCUCCUUCGGUGCGUAGCAAGAAGGGCGUUGAAUCCGCAUCCAACUCGCGGGCUGCCGAUCUCUGGCGCGAGAUCUACAGUGUACAAGAAAUCGAAACCGUGGGCCAACGCUUCAAGCUGUGGCUCACACAAGUACGCCACAGAGGCGCUUUUAGCACCAUCUACCCUGCCUACUGCAACGCAGCCUCGGCUAUUGUGCGAACCCAGGCUCCCGACAUUGCCAGCUUGCCGCAGCAGUGGAUCACGGCGUUCCUCGACACAGUGGCACAGUCCGGUGCUCAGCUCAGCAUCACCCGUCGCAGCGCUGGGAUCGGAUAUGCUGUGCUGGCGCUCGUCAGUGCGCAACCAAGCAAAUCCGACCCCUCGGUUCUGCGCUCCACUGUAGGCCGUCUAAUUCAGAUCGCUACACAGGACUCUUCGCAGCUCGAUGUGAUGCCGGUCGCAUCGAUCCAUGCCCUCAACAUCCUGAGAGUUCUUGUCAUGGAUGGAGGUCUCACGACGCACAUGGCUCCGUACCUUGGCUCGCUGCUCGAGUUGACGAUCAGCAAGUUCCAUUCGCGCUUCUGGGGCUUGCGCAACGUCAGUAUGAUGCUCUUCUCAUCGCUAAGCAUCAAGAUCUUUGGCAGCAGGAACACCAACAAGGACACCAAGGACGCACGCAUGCCCGUCGACGAAUUUUUCGCCGCCUAUCCGAACCUCGACUCCUUCCUCCGACGUGUGCUGAGCGACACUCGCACUGAAGACAUUGCCAGCGACGAUGGCGCAGAGUCGAGCCUCUUUGCCGUGGUCAUGCUGUUUAGCCGAAUGCAGGCGCCGGAGGACGAGCCCAAACGGGUGGAAGAGGCAGCAAGGAUGCAGGUUUACCGCACGCUGCUUGCAGGUUGUCUUGCAAACAAAGUGUGGAAGGUGCGUGAGGUGGCAGCGAAGGCAUACUCUGCAUUCGUGCCUCUUCAAAGUGCAGCGCAGCACGCGGCGGGUAUUCUUGCUACGAUCGACUUGCACUCACAGAACGACGCACAUGGGAAGCUCAUGUUACUGCAGAGGCUGUUGAAGAGCGUGGCCGAUGCCGUGGCACCAACACUAGCUCUCAAAAACGACGUUGCCGUUCUUUCCGAGACGCUUGCAGAGAAUGCAAGUAAACUACUGGAAAGAAAUCAGUGUGCCAUCACGCAGGCCGCUUUUCUGGGGGUGGUGCAGGACUUAGUCGGUGUUCGCGACGCCGCUUUCCUCGACACUGCCAUGCAUCUUGUUCGGGUCGUGAGCAUCUGGAUCUCGACACUGUUCGCUGACAUGCAGAGGCCUGACGCGAGGGACAAGCUGGCCCGCUCUGCUGGUGGGCCUGCUUUGCUGGGCGUCUGCACACGCUUCCAUCUGCAGCUAGCUGCUCAAGGCGCCAGCUCCGACAGCUUUGUCGAUGCUUGCAUGCAGCUCGUUACCAGCGCCUCGGAGGAUGUGCGCAUCGCUUGCCUUGAAGCGCUCAUCGGAGAGGAUGGCAUUACCGCCCUACAGCGCUCGUCGUUGCAACAGCCCGAUCGCGUCGCUCCUUUUGUUUGCAAGCUGCAUGCUACGACACAAGAUGAGGAUGAAGGCAUCUGGCAUCGCGUCCACUCUGCCGAGAUCUUGCAGCAGAUCGCCGUGCAAAGCGACGCAGAAGGGGGUUCCUGGCUCAAGCAUGUCUUUGCCAAUGAUGCGCUCGCCUCCGAGACGGCAUCGAUCGCUCGAAUCGUCAGCACCACCGUUUGCGUUCCUUUGCGAGAGGCGCUCCUUCCGUACUUUUCCUAUCUUUGCAAGCUGCUGACGGACCGCGGCACGUUAGUUGAAGGCAUACAAAGGAUACUCCAGCAAUGGUCUUGGGUGGUGACAAGGUGCGCCGACGAGUAUGCUUCGGUACAGUCGCGAGAGGCCGCCUGCUACGCUUUGCGCGUGCUCGGAUCGAUUCUCUUCCCGGCAGCAGGUGCAGAGUUGCCGCAAUGGCAGUCCGAGGGAGCCACCGCGUCAGCGUUGUUCAAGGCUCGCAUUGCCGCAAUUGACUUGCUCGCCGACGACGACGAGGAGGUGCGCGCCGAGGCGGCUGCCAUGAUCGGCGAGACAAUCUCUGCUGCCAAUAGCAGCCAGCGUUUGGAGGGUGUAAAAGUGUCUCGAUGCGAAGCGAUGCAGCAAAUGGCACGGCAAGGCGGGGCUAGUCCAGACGUCUCCACUGACCGAGCCUGGAUCUGGAUGGCGGCUUUCUACUCGUCGAAUCAGCCUCACGGCUCUGUCAGCUUGUGGGAUAGAUACGUCUUGGAGCAGCUGAUCCCUUCGCCAGCGGUGAUGGACCAUUUGUUCCAGGAGGCGCUCGCAGCCAACACCCUGUUGUUCGCCGAAGAAAAGCCCAACCAGUUCCGCGACCCUGAAGCGACUCUCCGCCGUGCAGCCAGGUUCGUGGACCUCGCCAAAUUGGAGCCGAACGAACGUGACGAGAUCGAACAACGAACGACGCGCAGCCUCGUUUGUCUCAAACAAGCGUCAGCCAACGGUGCACAACACGAUGCAGUCGCCUUGCACAUGCUCGCCGUGCGUCUGUUGCUCUCGCACGAGCUCCUUGCGAAAGAUGCAAGAGCCUCGACGGAUGCCGAACGAGCAGCUGAGGCGAUUACUGCAAAUCUUGGAAUCGACCAUUCAUCGAUCAAAUUGGAUUCAGCAAGCAGCUCUCAGGCGGCGCACUUGAAGCAAGAGCGCAAGGACGAUUCUGAUGCGAGCGGACAGCCUCGCUACAACAUCGCGUGA